AACCCUUUUUCUAAUUCAUUUCUAAUUCUAUCCAAAUUUCUAUAAAACCCCCAUCACCGUCACUGAUUCGUCGCAAAUUCCAUCACCUCAACAUCCGGUGGGUCAUGAAACCAGAAAUCUCCACCACCCUUCUGCCCAAAACAAACCCACCGGAAAAUGAAGUCUCCGGCGUUUCUUCCAUCUCCGGCGCCGUCUUCAACAUCUCCACCAGCAUGGUCGGCGCCGGAAUCAUGUCGAUCCCGGCCACCCUGAAAGUUCUGGGCAUCAUUCCCGGGUUUGUUGUGAUUAUUAUUAUGGCGUUUUUGGUGGAGGUGACGGUGGAGUUCUUGUUACGCUACACCAAUUAUUCCGGUGAGGCGAAUACUUACGGCGGCGUUAUGGCUGAAUCCUUUGGGAAGUUUGGUUCGGUUGCGUUGCAAAUAUGUAUCAUGAUUUCGAAUUUUGGGGCACUUAUUAUUUACUUGAUUAUUAUUGGAGAUGUACUGUCGGGGAGCCAAUCCGAUGGAGUACUACAUUCGGGGGUUUUACAAGAAUGUUUCGGAUUUCAUUGGUGGAAUGAACGAGCUUAUUCGGUCUUGUUCAUCGUGAUCUUCGUUAUGCUGCCGCUUCUUUUGCUACCUCGAGUAGAGUCAUUAGCUCAUGCUUCAGCUGUGUCAAUCCUGUUAGCAGUUGUCUUUGUUGUUAUCAUCGCUGGGAUGGCGGUUUACGCGAUGUUGGAAGGCCAAACUCAAGAACUUAAACUCUUCCCUGAUUUUAGCGACGGGUUUUCGUACUUUAAUCUUUUCACGACCAUACCGGUCAUGGCCACGGCCCUUUCCUCCUGCCAUGUUACUAUUCACCCGGUGCGAGCAGAACUAGAAGACCAAUCAAACAUGAGAUCAGCAGUCCGGAUUUCACUAGCUCUAAGUGUUGUAAUCUACAUGGCGGUUGGGUUCGUGGGCUACCUUCUUUUUGGUGAAUCAAUCAUGGCUGAUAUGCUAGUGAACUUUGAUCAGACUUCUAACUCGCCUGGCGGCUUGUUGGUUAACGCGAUUGUUAGACUGAGCUACGCGUUACAUCUAAUGCUCGUUUUUCCAGUGAUUUUUUAUAUUCUAAGGGCUAACAUGGAUGAAAUGAUUUUCCCACGAAAAUCGCUUCUAGCUAGUGAUACUACAAGAUUUGUGUCGAUCACAUUAGUGUUACUGGCAUUCGUCUAUUUCGUAGCAAUUGCGCUCCCGAAUAUUUGGUACUUCUUUCAGUUCAUGGGGUCGACCACGGUUGCUUGCAUCGCAUUCGUAUUCCCCGGUGCUAUCGUUUUGAGGGAUAUUCACGGGAUCUCAACGAAAAUAGACCGGACGAUGGCGAUAAUCGUGGUGAUCUUGGCUGCGGUGACUAGUGUCGUUGCCAUUUCGACCAAUUUGUAUAGUUCAUUUGGAAACACUUCGUAAUAUAUUUUAUGAGAUUCGAGUAUUGUAAUCAAAAGAAAAAUGAUAGUAAACAUGAUUUAUGAUAUUUCACAAUCAAUACUAUUCUAUGAAUCAUAGCACAAAAUUAUGCAUA